AAGAAAAGACCAAAUUCAAAAGAAAAGCAAACGCACAUUCUAUCAACUUCUAAAAUCUUCCUUUCCAUUCCCCUAUUUGAUUUAUAUCUAUAAUCUAUACAAAAUAUAAUAACAUAAUUAUAAAUACAUACACCUCAUCACAUCAUCAAUAUUUGUAAAACACAUUUCCUUCCUUCUUUCUGCCAUCUCUAGUGAGUGAGAUCACCGCAGGAGCCGGGCAAAAUGAGUGAAGAACAAGCAUACACUGUGGCGUCGGACAGUGAUACGACUGCCGGGGAGGAAAGAUCGUCGGCCUCUUUCCCAGAAAUAGCAAUCGGUAUCGACAUCGGUACCUGUCAUGCUAGUCUUGCGGUUUGGAACGGUUCCAAUUCCCAAGUAGAACUUAUCAGGAACACAAGAAACCAAAAGCUAAUCAAAUCGUAUGUCACUUUUAGAGACGAAUCCCCUGUAGGCGGAGUCACUAAUCAACUAUCUAAUGAAUAUGAAAUGUUGUCGGGGUCCUCCAUUUUUAACAUGAAGCGUUUAAUCGGUAGACUUGACACUGACCCAAUUGUCUCUCAAGCUAGCAAGACUUUACCUUUUCUCAUUCAAACUUUGGGUGUUGGUGUCAAGCCGUUCAUUGCGGCAUUGGUGGAUAACAUAUGGAGAUCAACUACCCCGGAAGAAGUUCUUGCAAUUUAUCUUGUGGAAUUAAAAGGUUUAGCACAAAUGCGACUUAAACGGCCUGUCAGAAACGUUAUCUUAACUGUACCGGCUGCGUUUAGCAGGUUUCAGUUAACAAGGAUUGCUCGAUCAUGUGCGAUGGCUGGUCUUCAUGUUCUCAGAUUGAUGCCUGAACCAGCUGCUGUUGCUUUGCUCUAUGCCCAGCAACAGCUACAACAACAGCAGCCAUUAAAUGAAAAUAUGGGUAGUGGGAGUGAGAAAAUUGGUCUUAUAUUUAACAUGGGUGCAGGGUAUACAGAUGCGGCUAUAAUAGCGACAGCUGGGGGAGUGUCACAGAUGAAGGCACUGGCAGGUAGUAGCAUAGGAGGCGAGGAUUUGCUUCAGAAUACAAUGCAUCAUCUUUUACCUGAAAUGGAUACUCUCUUUUCGAGUCGUGGAUUUCAGGAAAUAAAAGCUAUGGGCAUUCUUCGAGUUGCCACACAAGAUGCAAUACACAGGCUCUCCUUUCAACCCAGUGUUCAAAUUGACAUUGACCUCGGAAAUGGUACAAAAAUAUGCAAAGUCAUUGAUGUGGAGGAAUUUGAGGAAAUCAACAACCGGGUUUUUGAAAAGUGUGCUGCUUUAAUAACACAAUGCCUGGAUGACUCAAAGGUGAAAGCCGAAUGUAUAGAUGACGUGAUUCUGGUUGGUGGUUGUACUAAUAUUCCUAAAGUGAAGAACAUUGUGAUGGGUAUCUGUAAAAAAAGUGAAAUCUAUUCGAAUAUAAACCCAUUAGAAGCUGCUGUUCGUGGGGCGGCACUGGAAGGGGCAUUGGCUUCUGGCGUUAAUGAUCCUUUUGGAAGUUUAGACCUUUUAACUAUACAGGUAAAUGCAAAUAGCAUCGGGAUUCAAGCAGAUAGAAACAACUUUGUACCCAUCAUAAGUCAGAACACUACUAUGCCUGCCAGGAGAGAGAUUGUUUUUACAACGGUCCAUGACAACCAAACUGAGGCUUUGGUGGUUGUAUAUGAAGGUGAUGAGAAGACGGUGGACGAGAAUCACAUGUUGGGGUAUUUUAAGGUUGUAGGGAUACCUCCGGCUCCUAAAGGGGUACCAGAAAUCAAUGUAUGUAUGGAUAUUGAUGCUUCAAAUAUGCUUAGAGUUAUGGCUGGGGUUCUAAUGCCUGGAGCAAAAAAUCCAGUGGUUCCUAUGAUGGAAGUGAGGAUGCCAACUGCUGACGAUGGUCAUGGGCUAUGUGCCAAUGCUUUGAACAGAUCAUUCGGAUCUACCUUAAAUGUGGUAACACUCCAGAACAAAAUACCUAAGUGAUGACGUCUUAGCUGUGUUCAUUUUAUGUUUCUUUUUCUGUUUUAAUGAUUGUGCGUUGUUCAGGACACUAAUAAAGAGUGGUAGAUUGUUGUAAGAGUACAGUUAUGCAGCCAUGUUUGUAUUGUAUGUCGUAGACUUGUGUAUUUGUAAGUUGUAACAAUUAUAAAAAUGCCUAUUUUAUCGGGGCUUUCGAAUA